AUGACAGAGACAUUGAAUGUCAUAGUCAAUGAUGGAUCAAGUGUAGGCGCUUAUACACUUGAUCUGAUUGCGCCUCCGAAGUUGACUUCGGAGAUCACUCAGUUGCCAACGCUCGAACAUAAAAGGUUCUUGCGUGAUCUGCGUAGUGGCAAAGUCAAGCAGAUCUGCAUACUCGUCGCUGACGACGAGUGUGUAACCGACAUAAGGUCAGCAACAGUGUUUACUGAGAACGAGAGAGUUCUCAGUAGUUCAUCUAUGGACGAGAGUGUCCUAGAUGAAAAGACACGAAUUGAGCGAUAUGACUCCCAAUCAUGGGAAUCGCUCAAGACAAAUCGUCUCUAUGAGGAUUUGGUUGAAUUCAAGGAUGCAUUCCCUGAAACUGUUCCGUGCGAAUUACCGAAGGAUAAAGGUAUUCGACACGAGGUCGAGCUUAAACCAGGCUCGAAGUACUGUAUCAUGAAGCAGUGGCCACUGCCUCGUGAACAAGUACUUGCGAUCGACAAGUUCUUUGCCGAUAGUUUAGCUGCGGGCCAUGUGAGGGAAUCAACUUCCCCACAUAGCUCUCCGACCUUCUGUGUGCAAAAAAAGCUACAGGAGGGUGGCGGAUAG